AUGCCACCAAUUCGCAAUAAAAAUUCAAAAAAUUCAGCUGAACAAGAGGGACGAAUCUUGUUAGCUAUUUCCGAUUUGAAAAAUGAAAAAAUACACUCUAUACGAAAAGCAGCAGAGAUCUAUAAUGUCUCACGGUCAACACUUCAAAACAGACUAAAUGGCAUGACAUAUCGAGCUGAAAUACGCGCCAAUGGCCAUAAAUUAACUCAAUCUGAGGAGGAAUCGCUUGUUAGAUGGAUCUUGGAUCUAGAUAAACGUGGAUUACCUACUCGACCCUCUCUUGUACGAGAGAUGGCUGAUUAUCUUCUUUCACAACGCGGAAACCAAUAUGUUGGAGAAAAUUGGGUAUACAAUCUUGUCAAACGUCGCCCAGAGAUUGAAUCAAAAUUCUCACGGAACUAUAACUAUGAGCGCGCCAAAUGUGAAGAUCCAAAGAUAAUCCAAGAAUAUUUUGAUCGCGUACGAGAGGUUAUAUUAGAGUAUGGAAUCUUACAAGAAGAUAUCUAUAACUUUGAUGAGACUGGCUUUGCAAUGGGACUCUGCGCUACUGCAAAGGUUAUAACAGGAAGUGAUCGAUAUGCUCGGCCAAAGCUAUUACAGCCUGGUAAUCGAGAAUGGGUAACUGCAAUUGAGGCAGUUAAUUCAAUUGGAUGGGCCUUGCCUUCAUAUAUUAUUUUUAAGGCAAAGAAAUAUGCUCGAUUAGGCUGGUUUGAGGAUCUUCCAGAUGACUGGAGAAUCAAUAUCAGUGAUAAUGGAUGGACAACGGAUAAGAUUGGAUUAGAAUGGCUUAAAACUCAUUUUAUUCCUCUUACUAAUGACCGUACAUUGGGAAAAUAUCGAAUGUUGAUUCUUGAUGGUCACGGAAGCCAUUUAACUGCUGAAUUUGACCGUACAUGCACUGAGAAUAAUAUUAUUCCAGUCUGUAUGCCUCCUCAUUCUUCACAUCUUUUACAGCCUCUUGAUGUUGGCUGUUUUGCUGUUUUAAAGCGACAUUAUGGACAGCUUGUUGAGCAGCGAAUGAGGCUUGGAUUCAAUCACAUUGACAAAAUCGACUUUCUCACUACAUUUCCAGCAGCUCGUACGAUGGCAUAUAAAGCUCAAAGUGUUCGGAAUAGCUUUGCAGCAACUGGAUUAGUACCAUUCAAUACAGAUCGAGUUUAUCAACAGCUUACUAUCCAAUUGAAGACUCCAACACCCCCUCCAAGUCGAUCAAGUGAUACACAAUCAUCCUGCUUACAAACCCCUCAAAAUCCACAUCAAUUCAAGCGCCAAAUGACUACAAUUAAGAAGCGAAUAAGCCGGCAUACAAGAAGUUCAUCUGAGGUUAUUGAUGAAGUGUUUACACGGGCGUCAAAUGCUUAUGAGAUGAGUAUUAAUAAGCUUACAAUUGCACAGAAGGAACUCCAUGAUCUGCGGGCUGCACAUGAGAAGGCGAAGCAAAUAUCUCAUGAGCAAGGAAUUACUAGAGAGGAAGCCCAGGCGCUUGUACAAGGUCAGAUUGAAGUAUCUCAAGCUGUUACUACCGGUCCGGCCGAGCCUGAGCUUCCAGUCUCUCGUCCACCUAGCGCGGCGAUUUCGGGAAAAGUGGCCAACUCGCUUGUUAAUUAA